AUGGUUUUAACUAGUGAGUCCGAUGCUGUUACUGGACAGUCAUUGAUUGAUAGGCAGAUGCCAGUUAAAAAGGCCAAACGAGGAGAGUAUCUACCUUCAGAUCAGCAGUUGAAUGGGGUCUUAUCACAUCAAGAAUUUAAACGGAUUGGAGCAACUAUUACUGGACAUUCUAAUGCAGUAAUGACUGGAAAAUUAAAUGUAGAAAAAGUUCUUGAAGCAAUGGCGUAUCUCUGUCUUUAUGAGAUGCUGCCAUUCGAGUUGUGUUCAAGCCAUGGGUUUCGUCAUUUUAUGGUGGAAUGUUUGGGAUAUACGGGUGGGUCGAUUGAUGACGCCAAUGACUUGACGGUGUUUAGUAAGGAAAUUGUGUCGGGAUACGUCAAGAAAAUGGCUGCAGAGGUGAAGAUAGCCAACGGGUAG